AUGGCAAGUGUUUAUAAAAGUGAAAAGAAGAGGGGCUCAAAGGAGAAGGCAGAGACUGGAAAGAUGUGGCUACAAGCCAAAGAACAGCAAGAUUUGUUGGCAGCCUCCAAAAGCUGGAAGAAGCAAGGAAGCAGUCUUGCCUCUGAGAGAAACACAGGUCUGCUGACACCCUCAUUCCAGAAUCCUGGCUUCCAGAAAUUUCUGUUGUUACUUAGUUCAUCUCUGAAGAAAAUCAAUGAUUCAGCACAACCUACAGAAGUUAACAGACCCUUGCUUGCACUAGAGGGCACAAAGGUGGUGCUCUGCUGCCCUCCGGUCCAGGGCAGCCUUAUGAUGGUAAUAUGGACAAUACUCCUUAGAGACAGGCUUCCCUGCACCAGAGAUUACAGGGAAGAUACAAAAGAGACCCAUGAAAGAAACUGUUCUGACCUGAGAAUAACCUGGAUCUCCGGACGUGACCAGAACCCUGCCGUGCAGAUUGAUCCAGUGUCCCUCACUCACGAUGGGAAUUACACUUGUGAAUUGGUAACAGCUGAGGGGAAUUUCCGCUAUGGAUAUCACCUCCAGGUGUCAGUGCCCCCGAAGGUGAGCCUGGACCUGGGCAAGAACAGAACGACAGUCUGCAAGGCAGUCGCGGGGAAGCCGGCAGCACGGAUCUCCUGGACCCCAGGGGGAGACUGUGUCACUGAGAAAAAGCCGUGGGACAAUGACACUGUGACUGUCCAGAGUACAUGCCACUGGGCAGAAGGGGAUGUGUCUGCUGUGUCCUGCUCUAUUUUCCACUUGACUGGCAACAAGAGUCUGUCUAUAGAGUUGAGUCAAGAAUUGAAAAAAAGAGAAGUUACUCUAGUUGUUGGGGAGGAUGAAAUGCAGCCUUACGCCAGCUACACAGGGAAGAACAAUCCACUGUAUGAUACUACAAGCAGGGUGAAGAUACCUUAGAUGUUACAAGAGAAGGGGAUGGGUGGGGUCAACGUACUAAAUAAGUUACUGGAGCCUACCUUCAGGACAAAGACAUCAAGACAUAGUACAAUUACUGUUUUAAUUUUCUUAGUGUUCUAGAAUGGAAGACCUAUUCUUAAAAUGAACAUUUCAAAGAUUCUUCGCAGACAAGGAGCAUUUUAGAGGACUUGCAUUCAUGUCUCUAUGUAACUGAAAUUUUAGAAUCUUAAAUGCUACUAGAUAGUUCUCUGACGAACAGAUAUUACAAAGAAAUCAUAUGCUCAUCACAAAAUAUUCAAAUUGCUCGGUACAGUAGAUAACAGGAACCAAGUUUCCUCAAGAAAUAACUAUACAGGACUAUACAGACUAUGGAGUCUUUAACAGUGUUUAUGUAUUUGUCCAGAAAAUAUCAAUGUGCCAUGACAAGCCUGUAUACUUGUGGUACUUUUUAUGUCUAUUUAUAAUUCAUGUAUAUGUCAUUGUCAAAAACAAAUGGGGACAUUUCCAUAAUGCUGCCUUGUAUUUACAGAAAAUUAAUAAUACAUAUUAGUAAUCUUGGUGAUUCUUUUUAUAUUAACACAGGCAGAGCUACCUCAUUCUUUUUAGUGGCUAUGUAAAACUCCAUUGUUUGGAAUAUGUCAUAAUUUAAUUAACCACACCCCUGCUGGUGGACCUUUAGAUUGUUUUAUUGUUUGUUUUACUAUUAUUACCACAUAGAAUGUUUCUUGUAUAUUUAUCCCAAUAUUUGUUUGUCAUAUUUGUGGAAUGAAUUUCCUUGAGUAGGAUGCUAGGUCAAAAGGUUUGCACAGUUAUAUUAUUGGUUGAUAUGUCAAACUGUAUCAUUUUACAUUCCCUGCAGCCAGAUUGUAUUUUCCUUUUCUUAUAAUGUUAUUUUAACAUCUGCAGAGUGCCCAUUCCUGUUUCCAAUCAAACUGUUUGUAACAUGAUGUAAGAUUAUAAUAAAAAUUUC